UUGUUUGAAUUCGAAUUUUUAAAUUGUGGCGCGAAUUAUUGUGAGGCGAACAUCGAGUCAUACAGGUAUGCUGCCUACUUUUUCCACGAUUAAUGUUUCUUUUUGUUUUUCCGAGAGAUCAGCAGCAGAUUCAAUGAAAACUUGCUUCAUUUCCUAUGAUACUGCAGCUGAAACUAAUGUACUCUACGCGGCUCAAGUUAAACGGAAGCUAAAUGAUUUAUUGACGCUCUAUUAUUGUACACGCGAUUUCACGAAGCGAAGAACGCACGCCCAUGUCGAUCGGGUUUACCACGUCUCGCAAAGUAAAGGUACAGACGUGACUGUUGCGGUUACUAAGCAGAGUCUGCAAACACGCAGCGUCACGAUGUCUGGGAGAUGAGAAAGGUUUCAGAGAACGGGACUUCACCACCAAAUAGGAAUCCGCAGCGUUUUAGAGGAAUGCGAACCUAAAGUCCGAUUCAAUGUUUAGUUGGGAAGGUACGACAUACUUUGGAUACCUCUUUACGAGCCGGGUGCUAAACAGGCAAACAGAAGCUGGUUGUUGACGGAACAAGUCUUCAAGGCUGACGAAUAGCUGUGGAAAAAGCACAAAGGUGAUUUUGUUCACGUUCUGUCAUUAUUUGACAGGAAAGGUUCAUUUCGAGGCAGCAGUCAACCGUGGUUGACAUGCCAGUGCAGUCCAACAUUAGGACUGUGCUCAUUCAUUGCGAGAGAUCAAGGAAAAGGCAAGUAUGUGCUGUUUAGAUCCGGUUUACUUUUCUAAUCGCAAUUUCAUUGGAAGACUAGCUCGAGCGCGUUGAGAGGCUCGAAAGCAAGCCCGAAGCCAACUUGCUCGACAGUGAUGGCGAGAAACGAGAACUAAGAAACUUCGAGCUUACAGGGAGUACGAAGCAUUACUUCUUUACUGGCGAAGGUCUAUUCUGAAAAGCUUGUACGCUAAAAGUCGUCAGGAAUCGUUUGCUGCUUUUGGAGGCGAAUAGAAAAAUGUGACGCGCUAUGGGCGGCAGCACGAGAAGAAUCGGCUUCGGCUAUCACGUACAAGCAAGCAGCGUCACGGGAAGCAAUAUAAACAAGUCUUCGUCAAGAACGAGCGACGGAUUGUGAAAGGCAAGAGAUGGAAACUUGGGGGGCUUUAAUCGCGAGGAAAUCUCCCGUUUGCUGGUAAUUACCAGCAUUCGUAUCUGGAAAGAUCCGGGUCAGCGACGAGAAACAGAAAGCGUUACGCAAGCUUUGUCCGCGCAGUGCAUGCACUGAAGUAACGGGGGGGUGGAUCAAAGUUGGUUGAGCUGGAACUUGAAUGCUCCAGUCACUCUUGGUGGGCGUUUGAUGAAAAGGAAGGCGAGGAUCUAUCAUCGACGAAGAAGAUGAGCGAUGGUCGUCGCCAGGGAUCAGGCUAUGGUAGUACAGCGCAGGACGAUGGCAAUGCUGUUAACUCGACUCGUUCUCGCCACUUUGUUCGCCGUUUGGGUGGUAUGGAACUUCGUACCUCUGGAGCAGCUCCAAUCCUUCACUGCUCCACCAGCGGCAGAGAUCAGAUUUAGCCACAGCGUAGAGCAGCACUACAAGUUCUCGGGCCACAACGAUGGUGGUUCUUUGUCCGAGGAGAUGGAACUGGGCUGGAAGAAGAAGGAGAUCAUCGACAGCUUGAGGAGUGGAAGUGAUACAUCGUCACGGGUGGUUUCAUCGGGUUCCCCCUGUUCCGGCCGAGCUAUCUACAUUUACAAGCUCCCGGAGAGAUUCAAUCGGGCUAUACUCGAGCAAUGCGGGACAUUUCUCCCGUGGUUCAGCAUGUGUGACUACUUCACAAACUCGGGUAUGGGAGUCCCAGUGCAGAGCUCCAGUUCUUCGGUUCUAGCACCAGCAGGGAAGUGGUUCCAGACCAACCAGUACGCUCUCGACGUUCUCUUCCACCAGAGGCUACUCCACUAUCCAUGCCUCACGGACUCUCCAGAGGAAGCGUCGCUCUUCUACGUUCCAUACUACGCCGGCCUCGACGUUCUCAGGUACCACUACACCAACGAGACGCUGGAGCAGAAGAACGAGCUCGGGCUGGAAGUGAUGGAUCUCCUCAAGCGGCAGCAGUGGUGGUGGCGGAGGAAUGGCAGGGACCAUCUCUUGGUGAUGGGAAAGAUCACCUGGGACUUUCGCAGGAACAACGAGACAAUGUGGGGGAACACGCUGCUCAAGAUGGCCGAGUUCGAGAACAUGACCAAGCUUCUCCUGGAGCGAGAUCCCUUCGAGCCAAACGAGAUCGCAGUGCCACACCCGACUUACUUCCACCCGAGCUCCGACUCCGACAUAAGCACCUGGAUCUCACGCAUCGCUUCCUCCAGCAGGGACAAUCUCGUCAGCUUCGCCGGGAUGCCGAGGGACCCCGAGCACCUCCGGACUCACCUCAUCAACCAGUGCAAGGAUCGCCCAGAUCGCUGCAAGCUGCUGGCCUGCUCGGGGAAUCUGUGCGACAGUCCGGAACCGACCAUGGAGCUGUUCUUGAGCUCCCAGUUUUGCAUGCAGCCGCCGGGGGACAGUGCCACCCGACGCUCGGUCUUCGAUUCUCUCAUCGCCGGGUGUAUCCCAGUGUUGUUCGACGCCGACACCGCUUACUUCCAGUAUGCGUGGCACCUUCCCGAGGACUCGUCCUCGUACUCGGUGUUCGUGUCGGCCAGCGAUGUCAAGAGGCGGAGAGUGGACGUGGUGGACGUGGUGGAGCACAUCUCUCCCAGGCAGAGGCUGCUCAUGAGGAGGAAGAUUAUCGAGGAGAUUGUUCCUGGGUUGCUCUACGCGCAGCCGGGGACGAGGCUGCUCAAGUACCGGGAUGCGUUUGACACCACCAUCGCCAGGUUGUUGCAAAGAGGUAAAUAACUACAUGCAUGUAAAUUGGAUCGGUCAUAAGAAAUCUAGAGCUGGAUUAGAUUUAGAGUUGGAUUUCCUCUAAAUCUAUAACCACAAUUUUUCUUUAAAAAA